UUGUGGGAAGGUUAACGAUGCCUCUUCCAUAUGAAUCAUUUUUACGCAAGAAUUUAGAUAACAUAUUUUUCCUCAAGAUUCGGCCUUAGCCUCACAUUGCAGCUUCACGAUGUUGCGCUUCCUGCUGCUGUUCAGCCGGCAGGGGAAGCUGCGACUGCAGAAGUGGUUCACUCCGGUGACUGAGAGAGAGAAGAAGAAGGUGAUCAGGGAAAUGACUCUGAUGGUGCUGGCUCGCCCUCCCCACUCCUGUAACUUCCUCCACUGGAGGGACCUCAAGAUUGUUUACAAGAGGUAUGCCAGCCUCUAUUUCUGCUGUGGUCUGGAGGACCAGGACAAUGAACUGUUGACCUUGGAGGUGCUGCACCGAUAUGUCGAGCUGCUGGACAAAUACUUUGGCAACGUGUGUGAGCUGGACAUCAUCUUUAACUUUGAGAAGGCCUACUUCAUCCUUGAUGAGUUCCUGAUGGGAGGAGAGAUCCUGGAGACCUCCAAGACAGCUGUGGGCAUUGCUAUGGAGGAGGCAGAGACACUACAAGAGACAAUGGAGGAGUAUAUGAGUAAACCGACCUACUGAACCAAUAACAAGGACAUGAGUCGAACCUUAAGACUGAAGAAUCCUUUCCUCAGUUGCCAUAAGUGCCACAACAUUUAACAUAUUAAACUGUAAUACACUCUUCCAUUCAGACAUCACACAUAGUAAUACACUCUUCCACUCAGACAUCACACAUAGUAAUACACUCUUCCAUUCAGACAUCACACAUAGUAAUACACUCUUCCACUCAGACAUCACACAUAGUAAUACACUCUUCCAUUCAGACAUCACACAUAGUAAUACACUCUUCCACUCAGACAUCACACAUAGUAAUACACUCUUCCACUCAGACAUCACACAUAGUAAUACACUCUUCCAUUCAGACAUCACACAUAGUAAUACACUCUUCCACUCAGACAUCACACAUAGUAAUACACUCUUCCACUCAGA